ACCAGUGUUACGAUCUCUCUUCCUAAUCAGGCCUUCUGUAAACACUGCUAAACACAAGACAACACAUCAACACAUCAAGAACCUGACAACAAGAGCUUCACAAUAUCGGGCGAUGUCAUCACAAAUGGACACACAAGAUAGUAAUAAAUCUCCAGAUUUUAGUGAAGCUAGAAAAAAUCUUGCCUAUUUGCGUACCCAUGUACUGAAUGGUCAGCAUGAAAAUCAAGUGUGUGAAGGUGAAGAGGCAGAUCUGCACAAACAUAUGCUUGAUUGCAAAAAGAAUCCAGGCCAUUCAAGUUUUAUUCCCUACAAGAAAUUUGAAAUCAAUGAUUUGUCAGAAGAAUACCGUGACGUGGAUCUGUUUGAAUUUGUCAAGGUCGUAGCUGAUCUGACUGUAAGAAUCAAGGUUAAAAAAGUCAGUAAAGAACGGCAGGAAUUCUGGCCGGAUACAAAUAUGCCGUAUCCUUUUUAUGACAAGAAAGGAACAGAGUUUUUAAGAACUGGCAGUGGGCAAGUAAAUGAAGUUAUUCAGUUUACAGAUGGAGUCGGACGUGACAGACAUGGAAAAGAUAUAAUAAGAGAAUACAAAAAAUGUAUGUGUCGGCCAUGUCGUAAUUCAGACUCACCAAAAAAUGUUUGGUGGGAAGUAGUUGUUAGGACAGCAACUCAUGUUGUCUAUGAUGACAUUGAAUGUGCUGACACCAGCUGCAGGUUGUUUUAUGAUGAGGAGAAGUCAGAACUUUUUACACUAGAAGAUUUGAUUUUACUUGAGGUUAAUAUUGAGCAAGACUGGUGUUUAAUUAGCUAUAUGUCUUGUGGGUCCAUGGCUUAUCGGGAAAGGCUUUUGAGCUUGGUAGUGCAGCGGGUUGAUCUCUGGAAAAAAGUUUGUAACAAAUUUCAAAAUUCAAAGAAUUAUUUUACUUUCAUUGUGUCACAUCCUCAUGGAUACGCUAAACAAGUGAGUUUCGGUGUGUAUUUGGACAACUACAAGGUGGGCAAAUUUGAUGACAAAUUAGAUUUAAUGAUGCUAACAUAUAACACUCCUACCUGUCCGGGAAGUAGUGGAGCCCCAGUUCGUUGUGUGGGACUUGGUGUGGGCCAUGUUCAUAAUGGAUCAUUGCCGAGCAAUGGUCUUAACUAUAGUGGAGUUAGUCUAGUAUUUCCAGAUGGAAGUCCGUAUGUGAAAUUUUGAUACUAUUACUUCCUGAUAAUUUAUUGCCUGGAAGCUCAGACCAGUGUUCUUAUUCUCUCAUUUAAUGUGAUAGCAAAUGAAAAAGCUUAUGUAAGGGAAAUAACUCUUUCUUUCACUUGCUGUUAUGUAUCUCAAUAAUGUAGAAGUUAUAUCCCUUUUUUAUAUGAAACAAAAUAAUUGAUUACCAAUAAUUAAUGGACUAACUGCUUAUUUUUUAUUUAUUAAUGUUUUGUAAGGUACAAUAAAUAAUUGUUAAAAGUUUCAACUUGAUCCAAGAGUGGGUGUGACAGACAUAAUGUGUACAAUUAUAAGGGGGAUAAAACCCUUGAUAUUUCGCCAUAUAUGUAAAUACAAAAAGAAUGCAGUUAUCUCCUUUAUGUCAUUGCAAUUUUAUCUUUGAGAAUACUGUCACAGCAGAGUUAAAAAAAUACUAAUUGUGGAAACAAAGUUGUUAAUGUUUUUCAGUUAAGGCCAAUUAUUUUAAAAGUUGUUUUUUUUAUAAUUAUAAUGCUGAUUGCAUGGAUAUCAAAUUAUAAUGCUGGUUGUAAAGAUAUCAGAAACUGGUAAAUGUCUUUCAUUUUUUAUUUUACCACUUUGAUACAUUUUAAGAUGGAAUAAAAUAAAAAAAUCAUUAUAUUAACACCACAAAACUCUGCAUUGGAAAAUUGUCUGCUGAUUACAAUUGUAUUUUAAUUUUCUUCAAAUAAGACAAUUUUGUUAGUGUUUCAUUUGUCUCUCUUUAUUUGUAUUUAUAUGCUUUAAAAAUGGGAAAGUGUUAAUAAUUUUUACAAUACCUCUAUUCCAGUCACUCCGUUAUGGAACCGUUAUAUUUCUUCUUCUUCUUUCUCAUUUUUAUGUUGGAGCGUUCAGAUGACUAGACCAAUAUAUGAGAUGAACUUAGCAGUGGUUUCCAAAUCAGGGAGCUCUCCAUAUAGUUUUCUUUCUAUUGGAGUGUUUUGGGGCCAGUGUCUUGAACAGGCCUCUUGAUAAAGAGAGCAGUUUUGGAGGACAUGGUCAGCAUUCUCUGGUGACACUCCACAUUGGUAGAUUUCACUGGUUUCAAUUUUGAGGUUCUGGUACAUAUGUUGUCUCAUUUUGUUGUGUCCGAUCCUUAGUUGAAAGAUUAGAUGUUGAUCUUGUCAGGAUAGCUUAUAAUAGGCAUCAUCUUUCUUGUGAUGAACUGUUAUAAUUUUUCAAUUAAGAACAAGAAAUAAAUUUAAAUUUCGCUUUGAAAAAACAAGUCAUUUACAUGGCAUAGAUCUAGUCAGCAUAAUGAACAGUAACUGAGUUGUUUAAAAUAUUAAAAUUACUUUCCGUUUAUUGAUAAGUUAUCUAAGCUUUGCUUAAUUUUUUACAUCUAAUAUAGAUUACAUCUAGAUUCUAGAUUAAGAGUAGAUCUGGAUCUCAUCUUUUGUAAUACAGACGUUACUUCAAAAAAAGAAGAUGAUUACCACUUAUAUGUGUCCCAAGGUCAUUCUAGAGUUGACUAGAAGAGUUCAAAAUCAGAAGUCCAAGUAGAUUUUGAUCUAGUUCUAGAUGUCUAUAUUUAUAUAGUGGAAGUACUGAAACAUUUUUAUGCAAUUACACUGUGUAGCUCAAUGGGUAAAAUCUGUGGUAGUGCAGCUGUCAGUGACAUAGUACUAGUUUGAAAACUUACCCCUCCAUUCCUUUAUGUGUAAGAAAUUUUUGUACCUACUGGUAUGUAUAAAUUUAUGGCUGAAAGGAGUCAUAAUAUAACCUUGAAUUAUUAAACAUUUUUUUUUUCUUGUGUACAUUAUUGUAUCAAUGUGUUAUAUUACAUUAUAAUAUUAGUGCUAAGGAAUUGUUGAACAAAAAAAUAUUUAUAAUAUUUGUGUAUCUUCAUAGAUAAACUAUUGUUUGUUAUCUGGCUUGAAUAUUACUUACUUUGUUGUCUCCACUUAGUUUGUUAGUUUCACACAAUCUUUUAUUAAUUAUUUCACUUGUAAGAAAGAUUCUUACAGUUCCUGUUUUAGUUAAGUUAUAUUCAAUUGCAUCUCAAACUGAAAUAAGCAAAGAAAUGUGUGCAUCUAUGCAAAAUUACUUCAGCUAAAGGAGACAAUUUAUUGGCCAGAUUUUUGAACAUAUAAAUUUCUAAUAUAUCUGAGAGUAUUUUGUAUCACUGUUGAUCUUCACACUUCUUUUCAGUUAUAUUUAAAUAUUUAUAGAUUGCAGUGGUGGUUCUCCAGGUCUUUGCUCCAUAAAGUAGUAUUGGCUAAACAGUGGUUUUGAAGGAACUGAUCUUGGUAGUGGCACUUAUUUCCUUAGAUCCUCAGGAGUUGUUCAGUUGAUGAAAGGCUGCUCCGUUCCUCCAAGGUUCUCUAAAAUACUACCAAGAAAGGUGAAGCUUUCCCCCUCUUCUAGCCCCACGCAUUUGACUGAAAUGGUUGUGUUGUUGAAUGCCUUUAUUGGACGCCAUUGUUGAUUAGAAACAUCUUAGUUAGGUAAAGACUGCACAUUCAAUCCAGUAAGAAAGUUAGAAGAGAAAAAUGAAAUUCUAGUGGAUGUCUAUAAAAGCUUUGCAUAUAAGUAUAUAACCAUGACCAAUUGUGUAAAUUAAUAGAUUUUGUGGCAGUAAAAAAAUACUUCAAAAAGAGACCAGAAUUAUUGUUGUUUAUGGAAUGGUCUUAGUUAAAGACCAUAAAAGAAAGAGUAAGAUAUUGAGUUUCAUUGUUCCUUUCUGGCUGUUGUAAUCAGUUCAUACUGUCUGUCAACUACCUUGUUAUCAUUAUAUCAUAACAGUUUUUUAUCUGUGAUUUCUUUUACUGUGAUUUUUUUUUCAUCAUAUGGAUUUUGUUCUUUUUGUUUGGAUUGAAUUUGAAAGGAUUAAACUACAGUAACUUAAUGUUGUGUCACCAGUGUAUUGUUAAAACAUUAUGUAAGUUUGUGCAGUAUAUUGAGAGACAAAGAUAACUUCAGAAAACAAAUACAUUGAUUAACACUUAAUUUUUUUACCAACAGGUUAUUCUGUAACUAACAUUAGAUGUCUUUUUUGUCUAUAUUUCCACUGCUUACUAUCUUUAAUUUAUCUUACAUUAGGUUACAUUUGAUCUUGUUAAUGCAAAUAUUGUAGACUAAAACCAUCUUCAUUAUGGUAAAGACCAAACAAUGUAGAUGCUAGCUAAAGAUAUGAAGCUUUUUUUUUUUUUUUAAUUUUGUAUGACACAGAUUUCAAUUUCAAUGUAGUUGUAUAUUUAACAAUUUAAGCAAAAUAUGGUUCACUCAAUAAAUAAUAUAUCUUGUUGCUGUCAAAAGUCUCUCGCUUGUUCUCCCCUCUCUUCAACUCUCAUGCUGGUCUUUAUUAGCUUGAACUACAACAGACCACAUCCUGGUUUUAUUAUAAUUUAUCCAGCCUAUACAACCAAACCAUCUGCUCACCUUUAUAAAUAAACACACUUCUUGAUGGUUACCAUUUUUUAAAGAAUAUUAAUGUUAUAUAAACCACAUUUUAUAAUGGUUUUGUAUGAUUGAUAAAUGCAGUUUGUAAUGGGUUGGCCUUAAUUGGUGAAAGCUGGAUGCCAUGAGGCUUCAAGAAUUAAGCAGAUCAUCAGAAUCCAGUUUAUUUUAGUACAUAAAAAUAAAUAAUCUGUUGAAGAGGAAAAUCAACAGAUUCAUUUCAAAGUUGGGAAAAUAGUUUGGCUAAUUUUUUAGAAGUUGUAGUUUACUGUUUCAACUAUAUAGCAUUGCUGUGAUUGUAUGUCAGUUAUUAAUUUAAUACCAAAAUGGAAGUCAUUAACGUAUUUUGUUGUUCAGUCGAAACUGUUGCUGCACACUGUAAAGAAAUUGUACACUAGUAGCUAACUAGGCUAUGCACAUUUAAAAAGUUGACUAUCCCAAAGUCAAAACAAAUUAUAUUGUAUCAAUCUUUUCAACAAUAUGCACUUGAUGUGUUUUA